AUGACGCGCGCCCAGCAGACCAUCUCCAUCGCCCUCCUGGCCUCGUCGUUCUACCUCGCACUCUACCUCCAGCUUGUCCCGCUGCCCGAGCUGAUCCAGACCGAGAUCGUCCCCGUCCUCCCCUUCUGGGCCCUGGUGUCCUUCGGUGCGUUCCUGCUCUUCCGCCUCGGCUUCAACGUCAUGACCUUCAACGACGUGCCCGAGGCCCACAAGGAGCUGAUGGCCGAGAUCGAGCUGGCCAAGAACGACCUGCGCGGCCUGGGCGUCGAGGUCGACUAA